UCGCUGUCCAAAUACAUCGCUGGCUCGCAUAACCCGUUUUAUCCUAGACUGCACAUACCGUAGAAUGGGGUUGCAAGAGAUUUUUUCAAUUUUCUGGGUUGUUCAACUGUUUAUACGUUUUACGGACUUCACCUAUAAACCAAAUACUUUUUAGCAAUGGCAAGCGUGUCUAAGAGAGGCCUUUAUUUAGGCCAGGGUCGCGGCAGAGGCCGCGUGGUUCCUCAUCAUAAGCAACAAAUUGGGAGAAAUGUGAAAGACGAAAAGUGUGAAGUGACUAUUAUUGGAAAGCCUUCACAGGAGAGACUGAACAAAGUGCAUAUGAUUAAAGAGUCGGCCAAAAAGUUCGUUGAUGAAAAAUAUGAGGACGACUCAUCAGAGGAUGAAGAAAUAGAAGAUGACAAUAUUAUUAGUACUACUCUGAAGACGUAUACGGACACGUCACAAGAGAGCAUUAAAGAUAAUUCUUUGGAUAGGACAACCCAGUAUUUAGUAGAUUCAUGCCGUCCUGGUGCAAAYGUCUGCUUGAUAUGCAUUGCUACCAUUAAACGUCUUGAUGCUAUCUGGCAUUGUGGUCAGUGUUUCAGUAUAUUUCAUAUCAGCUGUAUACAAAAAUGGGCAAUCGAUGGAGCUGUGCACACUUCUCCUUUAUCUCAAGAAAACUUCCCAGCUUUAGAAGCAAGGUGGUUUUGUCCAAAGUGCAGACAUGAGUUUAAGCAAUCUGAAUGUCCUACCAAAUACUACUGUUACUGUGGAAAAGAGCAAGAUCCCAAGUUUGAUCCCUGGAUUGUACCCCACUCAUGCGGUCAAACCUGUGGUAGAGAACUAAAACCUUCAUGUGGUCAUGAAUGCUUGUUACUUUGUCAUCCAGGUCCUUGCCCACCAUGUCCAAAAACUGUGAAGAGUAAAUGUCACUGUGGAAAAAGUAGCCCCARCACCAGGCGAUGUGGCUCAAAGGAAUGGUCUUGUGGUAAACCAUGUAGCAAAUUGUUGUCUUGUGGACACCAUCAAUGUCACAUUCCUUGUCAUGCAGAUACUGGUCAGUGUGGUGAUUGUCCAAGAACUGGUGAAAGAACAUGUCCAUGCGGCAAAUCCAAAUUGUCAUUACCAUGUACAGAAGAUGUCCCUACUUGCGGUGACACUUGCAAUAAGAAACUAGAAUGUGGUCGUCAUAACUGCACUCAAAGAUGCCAUGUUGGUCCYUGUGGUGCAUGUCGACAGUUCAUUAAUAAGAGGUGUCGUUGUGGUAAAUAUGAGAAGCAUGUUCAAUGCUGCAAUGAAUACCUAUGUGAAUCCAAAUGUACCAACAUGAGACAGUGUCACAGACACCAAUGCAAGAGAAAAUGCUGUGAUAAYAAAUGUCCACCGUGUGAACAGAUAUGUGGAAGAAGUUUAAACUGUAAAAACCACAAAUGCAACUCUCCUUGUCACGAAGGUUUGUGCUACCCUUGUCCACUUACAGUAAAUGUGUCUUGUUUUUGUGGCAAAACUGUUGUUACAUUACCUUGUGGAAGAGAGAGAACUACUAAACCACCCAAGUGUCAUGAGUUGUGCAGAUCUCCACCUGAUUGUCACCAUUUACAGCGUAUUCCUCAUCGGUGUCACUUUGCCAGCUGCCCACCAUGCAGACAAACCUGUGGAAAUGCUUAUAAAACAUGUGAACAUUCCUGUCUGUUACCUUGUCAUGAUAACAUACCAGAGAAGGCCAGUACAAAGAUCUCGCAAGGGCAGAAAUUAACUUGGGGACCGGUGAAUCGCAAGCCCGAGCCAGAAUCAGUUGUUUGUAUGCCAUGUCCACCCUGUCAGUCACCAGUGCAAAGGAAGUGUUUUGGUGAACAUGAGACCCAGUCAUUUCCAUGCAGUCAGGCAAAGCGUUUCUCCUGCUGCCGUCCAUGUGGUCGAMUUUUGUCAUGUGGAAAUCACAGUUGUAAACUAGAAUGUCAUUAUGUAACUAGUGCCCCCAACAUUAAAGAGGUAAGCAAUAGAAUAGGCAAUCUCUUAUUAUGGCUGCUUACAUAUUUUAGGAARGUUAUGCCUUUACUUUUUUGCUAUUAUAAUAUAUUUUUAUCAAAUAGUGUAAGUUGUAGUUUAGCGGUGGUCACACCCAGGUUGAACAUCUUAGCAAGAUUCACGGAAGAUCAUUGGAUAAAUAUAACCACAAUUCCUUAUAAUACUGACAUGAGUUUUAAUUUUAAAAGUGAAUGGACUUCUUCUGAGACAGAGAAAAGAGACAAGCUUAUGUCAUGCAAAAAUCAAUGUCCCAAAAMAUUACAAUGUGGCCAUAGAUGUUCAAUUGACUGUCAUCGUGGACCAUGUCCCAAGCAGUGCAACAAGAAAACAUAUCUUAGAUGCCCAUGUAAACGRAAAAAAAAGGAUUUCCCAUGCAACACUGUCCAGCUUGGUAAAAUAUCAUUAGAAUGUGACAGCGAAUGUGAGGAAACGAAGAAACAACACAAACAGAAAGAAGAAGAAGAGAAGAAGAGRAAAAGAGAAGAAGAAUUGCGCUUACAAAAGGAGGARUUGGAAUUAUAUGAAAGAAACAGACAUGGCAAAAAGCGCCGCCCAAGRARGAAAGAAGAAGAAGUUGUAAAAGACUGGUGGAUAGUGACACACAAAAGAGACAUAUUUUUCAGUGCAAUUGCUAUUGCCAUUGUUGCUUGUUUAUUUUAUCUUGCCAUUAGUUAAUGGCUUCUAUUUACAUAUUAUUCAUACAUA